AUGUUGUUAAAUGGUGCUUUGCGGGGUUGCGAAGGAUUUGUAAAUUACAUAUUUGAAAAGCGUUUUGAAGAAAAUAUGGAAAAUGAGCAACAAAAUUCGCCGAUGUGUAAGGGUGGAUGCGGUUUUUAUGGUUCGUCGGCUUUUGAUGGACUUUGUUCGAAAUGUUUUAAGGAUCAAUUGAAACGUAAACAAGAGACAAUACCACGUUUUACGUCAUCUCCGCCACGUAUGAAUGAUGAUAAAACAACGACUACGAAUCGUCAUAUUUUAUUACCAGAAAGCGCAACGAAACGUUUAACACCACCACCGUUAGUUGUUGAAUCAGCAGUUCAAGAAAUAGCAGAAAAUAGUGAUAAUGUACGUGAUGAACAUACGACAGUUGCGAGCGCUUUAGAAUUUACAACGACUGAUGAGUCGCAGAAAUCGAUUGAAGUUGAUAUGGAUACAUCAGGAGCUUCGUUGGAUUCCGCAUCAACUUCAGCAAUCGUUCUCGACAAAUGCCGAGAGGUGUCAUGUUCGCAAGUGGCAAAAUCAUCUGAAGAUAUCACUGCGCAAUUCGAAUCAGCUGUUGCAUCAGCUGAUGAUGCUCAGCUUAUUCAUAUUUUACCCGAAUCAGGUAGCUCACCGGGUUUACUGUCGAAUUCUAGGAGAAAUCUUCAAGGAAAAAUAUGUUUGGUGGAUAAAUUCGUUGAUCUAUAA